AUACCUCCUGACACUCUGGCUGUUCUGUCUCAUCUCUGCUGCCUGCAGCUGAUUUUUUCGCAUUCUAAGUCACAUCUCUCCUCUCAUUUCAUCUGUCAUUUACCUGCUGCACCACUGAUCUUCCUGUCACCUUCUUCUGUCCUCUUUUUAUAACCCCACAUCAUUUUUUUUUUCUUUUUCAUUCCAGCAUACAGAUCUAGCAGAGAAUUUCCAUAUCAUUACCUUAGUUACCCUUUGUCUCCCCUCCAUCUCCAUCCUCUCUCAGUGCCAGGCUGUGUCACAGCUACUGCAGUAUGGAGGAUGUGGAUGGUCAGAGUACAGGCAGAGCCCAGCAGAUAACAGGAACCAAUCCAGGUUCAGGAGGACCUGGUCGCUGGCUCCCCCAGCCUCUUACCAGAAGAAAUCAUUCUUAUCCAAGAGAGCUACUGAAUGGUGAGUACUCAGAGGAUGAGGAGCCACCUGACCUGGAGUCGGAAUCUGGAGAUGUGCCAAGCAGUUCGGAAAGUGGUCCAAACAGCAUGCUCCUUGAGAGCCAAGACUUGAGGACACAGAUUAUCCAGCUGUUGACAGAACUGGAGGAGACCCGGGAGCUAGCACUGAAACAUGAAGACAGCUUUUUGGAGAUGCAAGGUAUCCUGGAAGAGGAGAGAUUAGCCAGUGCUCAGCAAGCAGAGAUUUUCACAAAGCAAAUCCAGAGGCUCCAGGCUCAGCUGCGCUCAGUACAGGAGGAGGUGGACAGCUUGGAACAGGAGAAGGAGUGUGAACUGCUGGAGGUGUCCCAAGAGUUACGCUGUGCACAGGAGGAGAUUAUGUCUCUGCGUCAGUCAGCAGAGGAGGCAGCAGCUGAGCGUGAGAGUGACAUUGCCUCGCUGCAAGAGGAGUUGUGUAGACUGCGAGCUGAAUUACAUGAGCUACAGGAGACAAGGCAGGAGUAUGAGAUGGAGAUAACCACCUUAAGAGCAGAGAUCAGCAUGAAGAGCUGUAGUGUGCAUGCAGGACAGGAACCUGCAACACUGCAGGGAGAGCUGCAGUUCCUGCGGGACCAGUGCCAGCAUCUCCAGAUGGAACGCAGUAUCCUGCAGGAGAGCAACAGCCAGCUGAAGAGUCAUCUCCUGCUGCUGGGAGAAGAGAGGGAAGGAGAAGCAGAUCAGGGCAAUGCAUUAAACGAAUCCCAGCCAGAAGAAGCAACAGAGAAUGACCUGCAAGAGGAAAAACUGCCACAAUAUGAUGCCGAAAACACCAAUGUCCUCAGUAUGGCUAUUGACAGACAAGAAACGACAGAUGCAGAGAAGCAGAAGCUGACCCGAGAGGAGGAGAGGCAAAAACUGCACACCCAACUCCAAAGUGCAGAAGAGAAAGUCCAGAAAGCUCAGGCUGAGUGCGCUGGUCUCCUAACUGAGAUUGAGGACCUGCAGGAACGCCAUCAGAUCAGCCAGGAGGAACAGGAGAAGUUACAAGAGGAACUGAGGUUGUGCAGAGAGGAGAUUCAUAGGCUGAAGGAAACUGGCUUGCAGGCUGCUCUGUGGAAUCCUCUCUUCCUCCUGGCAGUGGCUGGAGCUGUUGUAUUACUAUGUCCGAGUCUAAGGAGAGUCCCUGACUGAUUAAGGACAUCAAUCACAGACCAACAUAGCGCACCUCAUCUAUAUAGUGUCAUCCAUUGUCACCUGUUUAACAUGCUGUCCAUGCAACAAGCCACUGCACGAUGUGUCUACAGCACUCUCACAACCUUUAUAAACCUAAAUACAAAACAGAAAUCUCUGCAGAAUGCAGCAUAGUGGGUUCAAAUCAC